AUGGUAACUUCAGCACCCGUACCCCCUUCACGUGGCAUCAGACCAAUUCGCAUUGAAGAGGAGAUGCGGAAUUCAUACUUGAGUUACGCCAUGAGCGUAAUCGUCUCCCGAGCCUUGCCUGACGUACGGGACGGGCUGAAGCCGGUGCAACGCCGCAUCCUUUAUGCCAUGCACGAAAUGGGUAUGCGCCCCAACCAAGCACACCGGAAGUGCGCGAGAAUUGUUGGCGAAGUCCUGGGCAAAUACCAUCCCCAUAGCGACACGCCGGUAUACGAUGCCCUGGUUCGCAUGGCCCAAACCUUUUCAAUGCGCUACCCCUUGAUUGACGGUCAGGGAAACUUCGGAAGUGUUGACGGGGACCCUCCGGCAGCCAUGCGAUAUACCGAGGCCCGCCUGGCAGCCAUAGCCGAAGAACUGCUGGCUGAUAUUGACCUGAACACCGUGGAUUUCUCCCUUAACUUUGAUGACUCCCUUCACGAGCCCCAAGUGCUACCCAGCCGUUUGCCCAACCUGCUAAUCAACGGUGCAACCGGCAUCGCCGUGGGGAUGGCCACCAACCUCCCGCCUCACAAUUUGGGAGAAAUCUGUGACGCAGUCUGCCACGUUAUCGACCAACCCAACUGCGUCACCGAAGACCUCAUUAAGCUAAUACCGGGACCGGAUUUCCCGACCUCAGGUUACAUUCGUGGCACCCAAGGCAUCAUUGAUACUUACACCACCGGUCGCGGCCGAAUUGUCAUGGAAGCCAAGACCGAAAUUGAGGAAAUCAGAGGUGGCCGCCAGCGAAUAAUUGUUACCGAGUUGCCCUACCAGGUUAACAAGGCCAAUUUAGUUGAGAAGAUCGCACAACUGGUACGCGACAAGCGUGUUGAGGGAAUCUCCGAUAUACGAGACGAAUCGGACCGCCAGGGAAUGCGAGUCGUCAUUGAACUGCGCCGCGAUGCCCAGGCCAACAUAGUCCGAAACAACCUGUAUCGUCACACCGCCCUUCGCUCUACAUUUAAUACCAUAAUGCUGGCCCUGGUGGCGGGACAGCCCCAGGUAUUACCUUUGAAGCGAAUGCUAACCCUGUUCGUCGAGCAUCGUCAGGAGGUAAUCCGCCGGCGCUCCGAACACCUGCUGCAACGUGCGCGCGACCGGGACCACAUCCUCGAAGGCUUGCUCCUUGCCCUGGACGUGAUGGACCAGGUAAUAGUCAUAAUUCGUACCUCCGACGACGCCGAGGCCGCCCGAACUAACUUGAUGGACGAAUUCGACCUUUCCCAAGCCCAGGCUCAGGCAAUUCUGGACAUGCAGCUUCGCCGCCUUGCCGCCUUGGAGCGGGAACGGCUGCAAAACGAGCACGAAGAGUUGCAGAAGACGAUCGCGUCUCUGGAAGCGUUGCUUGGUGAUACAGCCAAGAUUCUCAACGAAAUAAAGAAGGAAACGAGAAAGCUUAAGAAGGACUUUGGGGACGCUCGACGUACAGAAAUUGACCCAAUGGAAGUCGGAGAACAAAGGGUUUAUAUCAAGCGCGUUCCCUGCGACACCUACCGCACCCAGAAUCGGGGCGGGAAGGGCGUUCGCGGCAUGACGACGCGCGAAGACGACGCCCUGAUGGACCUGGUCGUAGUUGACACGCACGACACCCUGCUGUUUUUCACCAACCGCGGCCGAGUGUACCCGCUCAAGGCCUACCAGAUCCAGGGCGAUACUUCCAGAACCAGCCGGGGCACUCUGCUGGUCAACCUCAUCCCCAUCGCCCGAAACGAGCAGGUACAGGCCAUGUUGCCCGUGAAGAAUGCGAGGGACAGCGCAAUGCUGAUCCUUGCCACCAGGUUGGGCGAAGUAAAGGCCCUAAAAGAGGGAGAGUUGACCAACAUCAGGCCUUCCGGAUUGAUCGUAAUGGAUUUGGAAGACGGUGAUGAACUGGUCAGCGUCGCUCAGAUUGGUGACGCCGAUGAGAUUGUGAUGAUUACCGAAAAGGGACAGGCCAUGCUGUUCCAGGUAAGAAACUGUGAAGACCCCCGCAAGAACCUGACGCCACGUUCCCGGUCGGCCGGCGGAGUCAGGGGCAUUAGGCUAUCCAGUGACGACAAGGUGGUGGGAAUGGCACCGGUAACUUCUGACGGUCAUCUCCUGGUUGUUAGCCAGGGGGGUUACGGUAAGUCGACUCCCCUGAAGAACUACCCACGGCACGGUCGCGGGGGACAAGGAGUACGCACUUUCAGAGUAAAUGACAAGACGGGACCGGUCGCCGCAUCCAGGGUGGUCACCGACGACGAGGGGCAGGAAGUGUUCAUCAUCUCCGCCAAGGCACAGGUGGUGCGCAUUAACCUCGAAGACGUAAGGGUAACCAACAGUCGCUACACUCAGGGAGUUAUCGUGUGGCGGGACCGGGAACCCGACGAUUACGUAGCCUCGGUAGCUUGUUUCACUGAGAACGACUAUUCUACCGGCGGGUCCUUGUCGUCCGAUACGGUUGCUUCCCAAACCGAGAGUCACUCGAUGAACGGUUCGUCAUCGGACGGCCAUCAGAUCGAAGCCCCUUCCGAUGAUGAUACUUACGCAAAUAGCGUUGAAGAGGAUAUGGACGAGAACGAGGAGCCAGAAAACAAAGAAGAAUAG